UGUAGUGCAGUACUUUCCGCCGGCGAUUCUAGGUGAUCCGAUUAUCCACGGGUGUAUUACAGGUUUCAAAUGAGAGACAUAUUUACACUGGACCUGUCAAUCACGACUGGGCUGUCGGUUUCUCCUUUGUUCUGACAGAGUUUAUCCCGAUUCUAUCAGGUGCUCCCUUCAUCUUUAUACCUAUACCUUACCUUAGCAGACAUCAUGGUAUUUGUUUGACGAUAAGUGUUGGCUUUAUCCCCCAAGCGGAAUACAGCCUUUUCGAUAUUUUCUUCGCUCUCUUUUUUUUUAAUUCUUUUUUUUUUGUUUCAAUCUGCACUACUUCACGAUUUGACUAGUCUGUGUUUUGUGGGGUUUUGUUAUUGUUUUGGCACUAUGUUAUUUGAGACCAACAAGCGUGUGUUUAUUCCUAAAGAACUAAUUGGACCCUUUACAAAGUCGGUGACUUCUACGUAAAUACCCUAGGAGCGGAGAUACGCAUAUUGUAUACAUACGGGUGCGUGCAGUUACUGGAGGUAUGGGAGUGCCCGGAUGGUAUCCCGGCAUUCUGAUACCCCUCGUGGCGUGGAUUCUGUCCAGUACGGCUGACAAGGUGAAACUUCCGGUACCAUGUACAGAUCUGGUACCGAUAGACAUCCUACGGACAGCCGUUCCAAGUAUUCAGUCGGUGCCCCCUGGUGUCAGUAUUAUCUACGACAGACACAAUCACGUUCACGCGUUCACGUUUUCCAAGGACGCUCGCGGACUGAGCUUCAUGGCGGAAAAGGUUUUCCGGAGAUGCGGCUUCUUCCCCGAGGAGUUCUCCGUGUUCUUAGUGCUAAAGCUGAAACGACGUCAGCGACGCGAGGUUUGCGUCAUGUCACUGUUUGACACGAGGACGAACCACAGCGUAGUGUCGGUGACGGUGUCGACUAGGAGAGUAAUCUUCCAGUAUUCGAACCAGACGCUCAGAUUUCAAAGUGUUGUACUCAAAGACGGACACUGGCACUCGAUCGGUUUCAGCCUAACGGGCGACACGCUGGUUAUGACGUCAGACUGUCACGAUCGGCGCAAACGCCAUGUGCACAGGGUUUUUCCGGCUUUCUUGCCCGUGGGGAAUACCUCGUUUCUUAUAGGGAAGUGUCGGAAAAGUAAGCCAGUUUUUCAGGGUUACAUCAAGGACAUAAUACUGGUUCCUGGAGCAGACGCCACGUAUCAAGCCUGUCCCCCUAAAGUGGAACCACGCCCUGAAAUGAACAACGUCGUUUCCACAUUUCCAGCAUUUUAUAACCAUGGGGUGUUUACGCCGGCCGGGGUGGAAUGUACGUGGAGUGACAUCGGCAACCUCGCUUUCGACACCCAAUCAGAACAGCUGAAAGUGUGUGUCAACGGGAUAUGGCAAGAGGUCUCCAUAAAAACAGAAAAACGGAAAUUCGAUUACCUGGAAGAAUAUCAGGAUAUUAUGUUACCAGCCAAUUCCAUCGAUGUCGAGACAUUCCGUAUACCCAAAGAGGGCCUCUUUGCAGUGUUUUCUACGGCAAACUCUCCUAGCAGAAAGAGGAGUUAUUCUUCCGUUUUCAAGUGGUCUAAGGGCGGCUUUCAGCAUUACCAAAACCUGGCCACGAACGCCGCUCAAUCAGCCACUUUCUUCAGUAUUCGCAAACAGUUUUUCCUUGCAGUGGCUAAUUACGGGUCUUCACCUAACACGUCCAGUAAUUCGACGAUUUUCCGUUGGCACAAGAAGCGCAAAAAAUUCAAGCGAUACCAGAAUCUAGUCACGUGGACAGCACGUGACUUUGAGUACUUCGAAAUUGAUGGCAGACAUUAUCUAGCUGUUGCUAAUUAUGAAAAAGGCGACGACACUCACAUCAACUCGUACAUCUACGUGUGGAACUGGAGGAAGAGGAAAUUCGAGGAACACCAGAAGCUGAUGACGAUCGGCGCCUACGACUGGACGCACUUCACUGUGAACGGCUUCCACUUCCUCGCCCUCGCCAACGCCUUCAACGGCAUGUCCACCCUCCUCUAUUCCGUCAUCUACUUCUGGCAGGACGACAAGUUCGUCAUGUUCCAAACAAUGGAGACAAACGGUGCUACGGACUGGGAAUAUUUCACCAUCAACAACGAUAUCUUCCUCGCCGUAGCCAACGCCUUUAACUACGGCCCCCAGAAUUACCAAGACGUCGACACGUUCUACACCAACUCCACCAUCUACCGCCUGAACAUCAAAAAGAAGAUAUUUGAGAAAUUCCAAGUCAUACCAACCUAUAGUGCUAUUGACUGGGAAUAUUUCACGGUUGGCGGAGACCAUUUCCUGAUCGUAUCAAACGCACAAAAUGGCGGAGCGGACAGGCAACUCCAUAGUGUGGUGUAUCGAUGGCAGGGAUUGGACAAAUUUGUCCCAGUUCACAAUCUGAUAACAUUACCGACCGCGGACUGGGAAACGUUCACAGUAAACGAUGACGUUUUCCUCAUUUGCGCAAACGCAAAAGAUACUACCUCAAAAGUCGUGAAAGUCAAAUUCACGUAGGGCUGACAAUGUUUUUACAUGGUCGUGUUUCGUUUCUUUCUUCUUCUUUUUUUUUUCUUUUUUUUUUUUACUAGAUUUUAAGUUAUAUUUAUUUACAUAUAGGAUAAUCUGUGUAUAUCUUUACUUACUUUAAUUUAACAAACUGUUUACAUUCCUAAACUUUGCAAUGUUUUUUUUUGUGAUUAUUUUCUCGUGCAUUUACAUAGUCAUUUACACAAAUAAAAAUCCAUUUAUGCAUAAUAUUAUCAUUACCAUUUUACAUGAGAUUUCUUCGUGUAAUAAAAUACUAAACCACAACUUUGUUUCUGUGAUCUAUUUGGGCAGAAAGAGAUUCUGGGAGGGUGUACUGCAAAGCCUUUCCUGACAGGUGCC